AUGGGGAAGGGUGGGGAGUGUAAAGAGAUCAAGGAGGCAGUGGAGCUAAGGGGAUCAGGGAGGGCAAAGGGAGGAAGCCUGCUCAUCCCUCUCCCCUCUUUGUUUAAAUGUCUUCAGUCCACAGGGACCAGUGGAAACAUCAACCUGGGACCCUCAGCCAACCCGAAUGCCCGGCCCACAGACUUCGACUUCCUCAGGGUCAUUGGCAAAGGGAACUAUGGGAAGGUGCUGCUGGCCAAGCGCAAGUCGGACGGGAUGUUCUACGCCGUCAAAGUGCUGCAGAAGAAAUCCAUCCUGCAGAACAAGGAGCAGGGCCACAUCAUGGCAGAGCGCAACGUGCUGCUCAAAAACGUGCGGCACCCCUUCCUCGUGGGCCUGCGCUACUCCUUCCAGACCCCAGAGAAGCUCUACUUUGUGCUCGACUAUGUCAAUGGCGGAGAGCUCUUCUUCCACCUGCAGCGGGAGCACCGAUUCCUAGAGCCGCGGGCAAGGUUCUAUGCAGCCGAGGUGGCCAGCGCCAUUGGCUACCUGCACUCUCUCAACAUCAUUUAUAGAGAUCUGAAACCAGAGAACAUUCUCUUGGACUGCCAGGGACAUGUGGUGCUGACAGAUUUCGGCCUCUGCAAGGAAGGUGUGGAGCCCGAGGAGACCACGUCCACGUUCUGUGGCACCCCCGAGUACCUGGCUCCCGAGGUGCUUCGUAAAGAGCCUUAUGAUCGGGCUGUGGACUGGUGGUGCUUGGGGGCAGUCCUCUAUGAGAUGCUGCACGGCUUGCCACCAUUCUAUAGCCAAGAUGUGGCCCAGAUGUACGACAACAUUCUGCACCAGCCACUGCAGAUACCUGUGGGCCGGACAGUGGCCGCCUGUGACCUCCUGCAAGGCCUUCUCUGCAAAGACCAGAGACAGCGGCUGGGCUCCAAAGCUGACUUUCUCGAGAUUCAGAACCACGUGUUCUUCAGCCCCAUCAACUGGGAUGACUUGUACCAUAAGAGGCUGACGCCACCCUUCAACCCCAAUGUGGCAGGACCUGCUGACCUGAAACACUUUGACCCGGAGUUCACGCAGGAAGCUGUGUCCAAGUCCAUUGGCUGCACCCCUGACAAUGUGGCCAGCAGCUCUGGGGCCUCGAGUGCAUUCCUGGGAUUUUCCUACGCACCAGAGGAUGACAGCGACACCUUACACUGCUAA